GAGACAAAAGGAAAGAAAUCAUUUAGUUUUCAGAAGAAUCUUGACGUUUCGCAUUCACUCCAAGAACUGGAAAUUGAGAGAAGGGAGAGACCAAGUCGUGUUCGUAAACCUUUGUUUUCACAAAAAGAAGCAACAAUUGGUUUUGAGAAUAUAAAUAGAUACAGUGUAUGGGAAACCUCAGCUUCAAAUUGGUUCUCCACAUUGACUGAUGAGGAGCUGUGCGUGUUAUUCUGCUUUAUGUGCUCUGACUCAGGCCAUCCUGAUUUUAUGGACUCAGAGUGUCUGCACAUGCUUAACACGAUACGAAAGAUGGUAUUUCGUAAAAAGGAACCUGUGAAUAACAACAAAGCACAGACGACAAUGCAAAGCCUAUAUUUGACGAACUCCCUGUGGGCUGAUCAAACCGAGAAACACUUAACCAAGGAAAUACAAGAUGAAAUCAUAUACCGUGUAUCGCGUUCUGGUGACAUUUCCGCGUGUAUGUUCACGUUGUAUUCUUUAUCCAGCUUUAACACAGCACACACAUACCUAAGAUCAAGGCAAUAUAAACGUAAAGAUCGAGAGCAGUGUAUCCUUGGUUAUAGCUCUUUGUGUGAUUCCUUACUUAUACGCCGUUUACAGAUGGAUAUACUGACGCAUGUCACCAUGGAGGACACAGAGAUCUUUGAUGAAGUGGCGAGGAUAGUUAAUAUUCCCAUGAGAGUUUUGCGUGGAAAUGAAACAGAACGUCAAGAAUUUCUAGAGAAAUUGAAAGAGCUGGAGGAGGAUAUCCAAUUCAGAGGAUCACAAGAGAGUGGGCAGAACGUAAAAUGGAUAUGGAAAUAUGGGGUUGUACACGGGAGACCAGACAUUGUCAGAUCUUGUAUAGGUCUUCAUGAACAUUGGGAUAUAUACGUAAUUGGCAAUAAAGCUCACAGAAAAUCAAGUAAAUUUCAUACUUAUCCAUCUAAUACCAGAUGUCUCCUGUACUGCCUUCUAUUAGUGGAUCAUUGUACUAUCGAUUUCAAUAGACAGUCCGACAAAUCAACAUUUAACAAACUCAGAGAAAGAUAUUUCAAAGAUAUAUCUCAAUUUGAGGAACUGAGCACUACAUUUGUCCCAGAAGGAAUUAAGAAACAAGGGAGUACUCUAAAGUUUAAUUCAGAGAAAAUCAGACAUGAAGUCAUGUACGCAUUUGUGACAGAGUUUAUGGUGGAGGAGAGCGAAUUGAUUUUUUUCCUGAAAACUGCAUCACGUGGAUUAGUAUCAGAGUACUGCAGAUCCUGGAAGUAUGAAAAGUCAAACCAAGAGAGAUGUUUGUAUUUACCAGAUACACCAGACGAAUUUUACAAUCUGUUUAUGGACAAUUUACAAGAGGACAUCUUGGUACAUAGUUUUAUAUUUGAGUCGGAAUAUCAUAGCCGCAUCGUUGAAUACCUUAAGAUUCCAGGGGAAAUUCUUGAGUGGGACGAUUAUGCACGACGUAGAUAUGUAGAAAGUUCUAAAAAAGGAACACAGACGAUUCGAAGAGCUCGCACCAUGAUAGUUGGAUGUGCUGGUGCUGGAAAAACUACUCUGCUUCAGCGACUUCAAAACAAAAGUCUGUUAGAAUUAAAGAAUGUGAAGACAACGGUCGGACUAGAGGUUCACGAGAACAUAUUUGAAGUAUUACAAAAUGAAGAUUCUUUAAAAGCUCUCACGAAAGAAUCAAAUAAGGAGGGAAAGGAUCUUCUGAGUGUCAUGGAUUUUGGAGGACAGUGUGCCUACUACGCCUGUCAUCAAGUCUAUCUGAGCAGAAGAGCCUUCUAUAUUCUUGUGAUAGACAUGUCUAAACCUUUCAAGGAAAAAGUAGACGUUAGACUGUGUGAUCAGGUUGGAACCAUGUUUAGCGAUUGGACAUAUGGAGAAUAUCUCCUGUUCUGGAUGAAAUCCGUCCAUAUCUACUGUGAUGAAGGUGCUCCAAUAAUACUUGUUGGGACUCAUCUUGACAUCACAACAGGGCUGACCACCGACACAUUUUUCAAUACUAUUUUGGAGCAUCUACGAUACAAUAAAUAUCUCACGGCACAUUUGAACCGAAAAAGAUGCUUCCUCUUAGGAUUUGAAACAAAAGAUGGUCAGUUCCUUGACAAUUUUUCUGAUUUGAAGAAUUGCAUCGCAUCAAUUGCAAAAGAGGAUCGAUGGAAGGAAACUAUUCCAGUUGACUGGGCUCUGUGUGAAAUGACUAUUAGGGAUCUAAGACUUCAAAAAAGGCGUAUCAUUUCAAAGGAAGAUUUCCAAAAGGAAUGUUUCCGUAAAAUCAAAGAAAAAUAUACUCAAGUUCCUGAUAUCCUGAAAUUUUUCCAUGAAAUUGGAAUAAUUUUGAAUUUUAGAGAAAAGAAACUUUCUGAUAUUGUUAUCAUUGAUAUCCAAUGGUUUGUCGAUGCAUUCAAAUAUAUCAUCACAGAUUUAAAUCACGUUGAGGAUAAUGUAGAUAACUAUGAGGACUGGAGAAACUUUAGUCAAAACGGAUAUCUCAAAGACAAACUCUUGGAACGGAUAUGGUCAUCUAAGGAUUUCAAUGUAGGCAAUUCAAAACGAGAUAUUCUAAAAUAUAUGCAACGUCUUGGUCUGAUUGUUAAGGGCAACGACAAACACUACAUACCAUGCAUGAACAAGUGUUCAUUUGAGGCAAAACACGAGGAGGCAUUUAAAAGAUAUCAAAGUAAAACUCCAGUUCUUGUCUUUAGAUUCCCAUUUUUACCGUAUUUCAUUUACUCUCGCCUCAUAGUUGCCUGUAUUACAAAGACAAAUGGGGAGUGGAAAGUUCUGGACGACCAGGGAUUACGUUUGUUCAAAAACGUUGCUUGUUUUUCAUAUAAUCAUCACAAUAUUGCGCUUGCCGUGAAUCAAUCUUCAAUACAACUCCAGGUUUUCCAGCCGCUUAGUACUCCUAUCAAAAAAGAAGUUACAUUGAAGGUACGUGACACCACUGAACAAUUACUAAAUGUACUCACCAGAAGUUUCCACAAGAAAAUAAUGUACACUGUGGGAUACCAUUGUUCAAUGAAUGAAGUGUUCAGAGAAUAUGAUGAGUGUUUUGUUGAGGAAACAGCAAUCUAUAUGCAAGGCCAAAUAACGUGUCCAAGGCAUACAUUGCUACAUCCCCACAUUCUACGUGAAUCAGAUUUACUAGGAUACUGGAAACAGGAUUGUGAAAAUGACAAUUCAGCCCCUUUACUACAUGGAGACGACUUUAUCUUUUCUUAUGAGGAGGGCAUACAAAAAUUCAAUUUUAAAGCAUUUGACAAACUCACAAAAGUUGGGCGAGAUGCUCUACAGAUCUAUUUUGAUAAAGAAUUUACAAUGCAAGAUCUUAUAAACCUGUCAGCGACAAAAGAAACAGUGAAGAAAAUACUCCGUCUAAACGACGAUCAAUAUGCUCUACUGUUUCCAGCGGAUAAUUCAAAUCCUUCCUCUGAAAAUUUUGAUGUGACAAUGAUGUACGGAAUGUUACGAAACCUUAGGAAAAGUCGUCCAUCUAAAGGCUGGGGAAAGUUUCCGGAUGCUUGUCAUACACUUUUAACUGACGACGUCGAAAGAAUAAGAUUUUAUAGAAAUAAAGUUGGACAUGCAACCACAGCAACAAGUAAAUUAAACAAGAAGGAACUAGAGGAAAAAGGAAGAGAGUUAACACUG